GUUGUGAGGAAGAGUAUGGCGCUCACGCUGGUAGCGUUAUUGAGCACCACCCUGUUUGCUUUUGUUUAUUUGCAGCCAUUGAAUUUACUCAAAGAGGAGUAUGAAUUCAAACAGUGGAUGUCACACCAUAACAAAGUGUACGACAUCGAAGAGUACUUCUAUCGCCUCCGCAUCUUCACAGAGAAUAAGAAGAGAGUCGAUGCCCACAAUGAGGGGACUCACUCUUUUACAAUGGGCCUAAACCAGUUCUCAGACCUGACAUUUGAUGAAUUCAGAAAGGGUUUUCUUCUCCAGAAACCUCAGAAUUGUUCAGCCACCAAGGGGAAUCAUGUAAGGAGUAGUGGGCCUUAUCCCAAAUCUGUGGAUUGGAGGACUAAAGGCAACUUUGUGACACCGGUGAAGAACCAGGGUCACUGUGGAAGUUGUUGGACCUUCUCUGCCACAGGAUGUUUGGAGUCAGUGAAUGCCAUUGCCACUGGAAAGUUGAUAUCUCUGUCAGAGCAGCAGCUAAUUGACUGCGCGCAGGACUUCAACAAUCAAGGAUGCAUGGGUGGGCUUCCCAGUCAGGCUUUUGAGUACAUCAAGUACAGCAAGGGUCUCAUGACGGAAGAAGACUAUCCCUAUAAAGGCUAUGAUGACACCUGCCACUUCCAGCCUAUGCUAGCCGCCGUUUUCGUCCAUGAUGUCGUCAACAUAACGACUUAUGACGAGCAGGCCAUGGUGGACGCCGUGGCUCGACUCAACCCUGUGACUUUUGGCUUUGAGGUGACGGACGACUUCAUGCACUAUAAGGAUGGGGUUUACAGCAGCACUCUAUGUAAGAACACUGCUGACUCGGUCAAUCACGCUGUGCUGGCCGUGGGAUAUGGCGUCAACGAAGGGGCGACACCAUAUUGGAUCGUGAAGAACUCCUGGGGUGCCACCUGGGGAGCAGACGGAUAUUUUCUGAUCGAGCGAGGAAAGAACAUGUGUGGACUGGCAGCCUGUGCUUCCUACCCACUUCUUUUGCUUUGAAAAAUAACAUGCAGGACUUUGGCAAAUAAAGUAUGUAUACUGUUAAAAUGCUGAAGAAGCAGUCACAAGGUCUUGGAUAUGCUUUGUUGCUGAAAUGGAUUAUGUGUUUAAAAAAAAAAAAAAUCAUUUCGCACUGCUUGUCGCCAUGACUGAAUUGAUUUGUAUGGGACUGAACAUUUUAAUGACAAAAUAUGUCAUUCUUAUAUCAUUAUGUAAUGUGCUUUAUGGUGUCAUGGACUCAUGGAUGUAUUCUACUUGGUAUGAUUUAUUUCUAAGUCACAAAAAACACACUUUAAUUGGUCCACAUUACUCAUAUACUUUGAAGCCAAAUAAUGGUCAUAAAUAUUUUUGACAUUUUUUUUUUCUGGAUUUCCAUCCUUUUCAUGUCUUACUUUUCAGGUUCUUUUGUCUUUGUCUUCACGUGUUAUCAUCAGCCUUGCUCCUCUUUUAAUCAUCGCUCUCUAGCCAAGUAUGACUUGUACACACUGUUUUUAUUUAAGUUCGCUGUUCAAUCAGUCAGUUUCAAACCAUUGUCAAGUGAUACCUUUAUAUCUUGGUUUCUCCCCGCACGUCCUACUUUGUAUUUAUGGGGGGAAAAUACAGUUUUU